UAUUGGUGAGACACUGAUGUCGACUUGAAAGCUCCCAUCUUUUCAUGUCUCUCUUUCUCUCCAUUCAGACAUUAGAUACUACUCAUAGUUGAUCAUCUCUCUUUCAUAUCACUCUUUCAUAACUUACACCUUCACUGUGUGUACUAAGAACUCCUAAAAACACCACUUGUGUGUGUAAAAACUCACAAAACAAGCCUUAUGGGGUCUUUGGGAAAUGGUGAUGUCAAGAAAGCAACGUGGUUGCACCCAAGGUUCACCGGCUUUAACCCUUCUGAACGAUGGGGGCAUUCUGCUUGCUUCUCUAAUGGCUUCCUCUAUAUCUUUGGUGGAUGUUGUGGAGGCCUACAUUUCAGCGACGUACUUUUGCUAAACCUUGAAACCAUGGCUUGGACCAAUCUAGCAACCAAAGGAGUCGGCCCAGGUCCUAGGGACAGUCAUAGUGCAGUCAUCGUAGGUCACAUGAUGGUUAUAUUCGGGGGAACCAAUGGCUGCAGGAAAGUUAACGAUGUUCACAUUUUGGAUCUCCAAACCCGUGAAUGGACUCGACCCGAUUGUAAAGGGGUUGCUCCUACACCUCGGGAAAGUCACACUGCGACCAUGGUUAACCAUGACUGCAUGGUGGUAUUUGGUGGAAGUGGGGAAGGUGAUGCAAAUUACUUGAAUGAUUUGCAUAUUUUGGACCUUAAAACAAUGAGGUGGAGUCGACCUGACACCAAGGGUGAUGUCCCCGUGCCUAGGGACAGUCACAGUGCCGUUUCCGCAGGCAACAAAAUCUUUAUCUAUGGAGGUGAUUGCGGGGACCGUUACCGUGGUGACAUUGGUGUUUUCAAUGUCGAGACAUCGACUUGGUCAAGGUUUGUUGUUCGUGGACCAUCACCGGGAGUUCGAGCAGGACAUGCUGCUGUGACUAUUGGGACAAAGAUUUACAUGAUUGGUGGUGUUGGUGACAAGCAAUACUAUAACGAUGUUUGGGUGCUUGAUACAAUAAAUAGUUUGUGGAUUCGGCUAGAGGUACAUGGCCAACAGCCACAAGGGCGUUUUUCUCACACUGCUAUUGUUGCGGAUUCUGACAUAGCGAUUUACGGAGGAUGUGGUGAGGACGAGCGACCUCUAAACGAGCUACUCAUUUUGCAUCUUGGCUCAGACCAUCCAAACGACAGGUAUAACAGUUGUGGGUGCACGAUGUUUGGAAGCCAAUGCAACGAAGAAAAGCGAAACUUCUUUCAUGAUCAUCAAACCGUCACGAAACAGUCAAACAUUUCAGAUCCAAUGCACACAAAAAGAAGAAGGAUGUCGAAUUCAAAAGCUUGUGAAUUAAUAGAAUCAGAACCAGAAGAACAUUCACUUUCCCUUUCACAACAUUCAUCGCCAUCUCACUCAGAUCAAGAACGAGCACUUGUUAAGCAAUCUUCAAACACAACCGCUCAAGCUUUACCUUUGUUUAAAAAUCAACAUCAAAGUUCGGGAAGUGUGAAGCAAAUCCCGGGCACCCAAUUGAACCCUAUGUCGAUCUUCAGUCGAACUCCACAAGAUCCACAAUUCAUUCAAGAGCAAUCACAUCACCAUAAGCACCAUCAGAAUGGCCAUGCAACUCGCACAGAACAUCAAAACAUUGAGCCGUUGAGUGUUCAAAACCUGAUUGGCGCAGAUGUUCAUGGUAAAGUUGAUGGAGCAUUCGACUCAGGUUACUUGAUGACUGCAACAGUCAAUGGUCGAAUCUUCAGAGGAGUCUUGUUCCCUCCGGGGCCUGAUGUUGUUUCAAGAGGAGCUUUUCGGGGUCAUAACCGUAGGUCACCCACAAGCCAAAUGGCUCAAAGAAACCUACAUAUAAACCGGGCUUUCAUUAGGCACUCAAACCAUGCACCAUCUCAUGCACCGGAACCCAGUCAUCAUAGCUACCUCCAAGAUCAUCAUGUCCGCAGACCAUCGCCUGUGUUUAGAUCAGCUCCGGCUCUAUCAUUAGGAAGAGAACAAGCGAAGGUUCAAAAUGAACUGCAUGGCGUGGUUCUCACACUGGGUGGUCCAGGGAGCGGGCACGGUGGCUCUUAGAUCAAUGGAGAUAUGGAGAUGAUCCUCGUAUACGUCUCUCCCUUUUUGUAUAUUUUGGAUAAAAGCCCGCUAGCCUAGAUUUCGUAUUUCCUGUGUAAUAUCUUCUAAUAGUUUUUUUUUUUCCACACGAUCUGAG